AUUAUACAAUAAAAGACAAGUAUAAAUGAUCAUGUACAUUAUUGAGCUUAACAGUCUAAUCCAAGAUGUCAUCAAGCAUGUUUCUUCUUCUUGCUCUUUACAUAUGCUCUGCAGCUGCAGAUCUAGAAAUAGCACCUUAUACUGUCCUAAAGGAGCAUCAAGGCUGGGAGGAAAGAGAAUUUCCAGCUACUAAAUGGAUUUCAACUGAAGUCUUCAGUAUUAGUGUUCAUGACUCUGAAGAGAGCAGAGCCGCCUUUUACAGACUCUUUGAUUACAUCGAUGGACAAAACUCUGAAGGUAUGAAAAUUCCAAUGACCGCUCCUGUUAGCCGUAGAAUAAUUGCAGGAGAGGGACCUAACUGUGAGAGCAACUUCACAAUGUCCUUCUUUAUCCCGUCUAAUCUGCAAGAAAACGCUCCUCUUCCUUUAGACUCUACAGUGUACAUUGAGGAAAGAGCAGCAUUUAAGGUAGCAGCCAAGAGAUUUGGUGGUUUCCCCACCAGUGAUAUUGAGUUUGCUAUCCAAGCCGCAGAACUCUAUGAGCUUGCUUUUAAUGAGGGACUUGAACUAACUGAUGUUCCUUUAUGGACUGCUGGAUUUGAUGGACCAAAUGUAAUUACAAAUAGAAGAAAUGAAGUAUGGUUAGAAAUUAAUUAAUAACUUUAUCCAUAAAAUAUAUUUAAAAUAUUGUAACAUAUGUUAUUGAAAUAAUAAUCUUACACAGAAAUUUAUU